AUUCUUUCGCAUCUGCUCAAGACAAUAUAUGUGACAAGGGUUGAUCGUCCACGCUAACGAGCAAGGAAUGCCUCCAACUACUUUGACUUUCAAGUUUCCACCCGAACUUCAAGGACUUUUGAUAGGAAUAGAUGGCUCCAAUAUCAAAUCUCUUCAAAACCAGAGGAACAUAUCCGUCACCCUUCCAAAGACUCGGGGAGUGAUCACGCUUUCAGGUCAAGCAGAUGAUGUCAAGAGCGCUCAGGAAGCCAUUUUGCAUCGACUGUUUCGUAAGAGACUUCGGCACCCUAUGUAUGGAUUUGUCGUUCAGAUGCCUAAAGAUGGAAAGGUUGAGUUUGUACCUAUUAAUGAAACGGAAGCGCAAGUUCAAGUGAGCAAUGAUGAGGAUGACGAUGGUAUAGAUGAAAGUUUUACGGCGACGGCAAUGGGAACCCGCGAGGACAAUGUUGCAGAAGGAUUUUAUGUUUUGCGCUUCCUCAAUAAGGACGGAACGAGUGCUUCACCAACGGAGUCGCCGGACCUAAAGAAUUUAUCGUUUCGAACACCUGGGGGCGCAGGCAAACAGGGACGGCCACUCGUUGAGCUACUUGACGCCAGCGAUGCCACAAGUUUCUGGUCUUAUAUCACGCACACGCUCUGCAAUGAUAUCAAACGCUCCCAGACUGCAUUUGACGGGGCUAUGACGGAUAAAACAAUACUCCAAGCGUUCUGCUUAUCCAAAACUCUCGUAUUUCGAAUCCAGCGCUCGCUUCUUGGACAGAAACUGUCGUUUUGGGAGUUUAAAAGUGCCAUGGCAGAAGGAAGUGCUCGGCCCUUUGAAGCCGUGUACUCGCCGAAGAACGUGAUAGAGCCUAUCAGGGAAAGAUUCAUACAACCACUUGGUUCUACGGUGAGAAGAUCACAUAGCAAAGUCACACUGCAAGGUUGGCGCCGCUACGAGAACAAUGCAUGGGACAAGUGGGUGCAUCAGCUUGCGAUUCCACUCGAAGAUGACGCUAACGUGCUCAUUCUUCCCUGCAAGUUCUUUUUGGAAGCCGCUGUCAAUAAACGUCGCUGCUUUAUCGUCACACCAGAUCUCCCUCUCGGUCUUGCAGUCCAACUCGUUAUUCAGCCUGCGGCUACCCCUAUUGACUCUCCUAUUCUGCAAAACUACCUAGCAGAUCUCUUUAACACAAUUUGGCGCCAACCACCAACAACGUCGAUGCCUGACUACAGAUACCUUCCAGCUCUGCCCCCCAACAGAUGGUCUGAGGUAGUCAACAUAGGGUCGGGAGUCCGAAAUAUCCAGCACCCUUCAGCAAACAGUGGAAGGCCUUUUGCUGCUCUUCCAUUUUGGGUACGAACUGUGGAUGUUUGGGAAAAAAGGACUGGAUGCGAAAGUAUGAAAAUUGAACACAAUGGAGAUAAUAUACUUUUUAUGAUUGGGAUGCGAGGACGAGAUGGGACCGUAGGAGAGAUUAAUGCUGGGACCAAGAAGGAAUCUGCAAAACGUAUUCAAUCUUUGAUUGCGAAUGUCCUGGACCUAUUUACAUACAAAUCAGCAUAUGGCACCGAAGAGAAUGCCAACAAAACCGAUGAGACAUAGGAGGCGUAUCAUGAAGCACGGUUUGUUCAUUAAUGCAACGAUGUGUGGACUGGAAUGGCGAAGGUGAAGGCGUAUCUGUACCAAUAUACAUAAUUUCAUAGCAUUUUUUACUUGCAUUAUACCAG